UUGGCGAUAGGAGGCGUAUAAAAUAAGUGUGUCUAUAUAAUGCUAAGUCAUUGGAACUCCUCGCCUUGACCAUGUACCUCAGUCAGCAUAUCGCGGUGCUCUUACUCUGGCUCUGCUUCGCCAUCCUCACGGUGCAAGGCAAUCCGUGGCGCUGGGGACCUGCCUCAAACUCCGGGCCAGUUGGUGGACCCGCCUGGAAUGGCGGAGAAGACGAGUCUACCGAUAAUAUCAUAUACCGUUCAAAGGGUAACGGAAACGGCAAGUGGCGUUACUAAUUUUACCCAAGUGGAGGAGGCGUGACCAACUACCGAGUCGUGAUGCGCUUUCCAGUAAACCUAUGAAUACCCGCAUAAAUGAUGUGUUUUCAAACUGUUUUUCCCAGAAUCUUCUUCGAUAAUACUCCAUUCAUUGCCAUACUCAAAUAAAUAUACAAUAAUGUUA